AUGAUUUGGUUCCUCUUGCUCCUUCUCCCUACGACCAUACUUGGGGCAACGUGCCCAACUUGCCCCACAACUGGGUUAUGGUCCGAUUGGAGCACCACCGAGCAGUGUAGCACAACUUGUGGCGGAUGCUCAAAAAUCACUUAUACCAGAACGUGUCUCUCAACUGCCAUGAAUUGUCCGUGUGUCGGAGACACAUCUCGACUAAUGGCCUGCAAUACCCAAGCUUGCAAUUGGCCCCGCUUCAAUGCUUCUGGAGAUAACUGUUGUGAUGGCAAGACAGCUCAAACCAUCAAAAACUGGGUUCACUGUGUUCCCCUUCCGGAUACCUACACCCUGGCUUGCUGUCCGGAUGAGGGAUAUUGGUCGAAUUGGUCCGGAUGGAGUAAGGUCGCCAAUCAAGUUGCGUGGCAACGUACCCGCACUUGUCUCUCCGGCGGCUACAAUUCUUGUCCUUGUACCAAGGGUGUCGGUAUCAUCACUGUUGCAAACAACACAUGUCAAGCUAUAAACAACAAGCUAAUACCAUACUCGGUCCGCACACCGAUCUACAUGCCGUACGAGUGCAAAACUCAAAUCGUUUUCGAAUUAUCCUCAUUCCGUCAAGCAUUUUACACCUCUGACGAUAACGGUGUUAUUACAGGAGCAUUUAGCUAUGUCGACACAACUGGAAAGUGUACAGCAAAAGAGUUUGUGAAUCCGGUACCGGAUGGGGCGCUCUUGGGAACCGGCCAGUUCCAAAACUAUUAUCUCCAGUGCAAUCUGAAUGACCUCACUUGGGAGGGAACUAUUGUUGGGAUAGCUGUGUCAAAAGUAACCGCUUUUGCUCAGUAUUACUAA